CCUCCGCUGUGUGCGUAAGGAGGAGGAAGAUGAGGGAACAGAGGAGUGGUUGUUCUCCCUCUCUACCUGUGAAGAACACUCGGCUGGGACAGUGAACAGUGAGCAGUGACUAUAAGGAGCGGAUACAUUCACAGGAGCGGAAUGUUACUGCAGACAUGACACCACUGACACCGGAGGAGGACGACGGACGAAGCUAAGCGGCUCGAAUACUUAUUAUCCCGGGUGUUUGUGUGUGUGGCCUCUGACAGCUCCUGUGUCUCCUCCUCAUGACAGUCUACACAUUUAUCUGAAACCCAGCUGCCGGUGUGAAGCAGCUGUUAGCUCCGUUAGCUCCUUUAGCCUGUGACACGUCAACCUAGCCCUCAUCUUCCUCCGGCCGUGCUGCACGCUGAGCUCCUCUGGACGCGUGUCACUGGGUCUUCAGUGUUUCAACUUCGGAGGGUCUCUCGCUCCAUGGCUCCGAUGGGUAUCCGGCUGUCACCGCUGGGUGUCGGGGUGUUUCUCCUUCUAGGAGUCGGUGUCAUCUACCACCUGUACGCCGGGGUCAUCUCCAGCCGCCUGGCUGCUUUCAGACAGAGAACAAACGUAGAUCUGAGGGACCUGUUGGCAAUCUCAGUGGAGGCGGCUGUGCUUGGUGGCAGAGAGGUGAAGAAGGUGCAUGAGGAAAAUGGCCUGAUGGAGAGGUCAAAGGGAAAGACGAAAGAGGGAGCCAAUGAGCUGCUGACCAUGGGUGACCUGCAGUCCCACAGAAAGAUGUAUAACCUCAUUAAGAACACCUUCCCGGAAGUCACGGUGAACAGUGAGGAACAUGACAGCAUGGUGGAUAAGGAAGCAGCCUGGAGCCGGGACAUUCCAGCUGACAUACUAGACAAGAUAGAAGGAGGCAAGGAGGCUUCUUCUGAGAGCGUCACAGUGUGGAUUGAUCCUUUAGACGCCACACAGGAAUAUACAGAGAACCUUGUUCAGUACGUGACCACAAUGGUGUGUGUGGCAGUAGAUGGUAAACCAGUCAUCGGGGUCAUACACCAGCCAUUCACUGGGUUCACUGCCUGGGCGUUUGUGGGUCAGGGAUCGAAUAUGCAUCCCCGCUCGUCCUAUAGCAUCAGCCCUCCAAGUGUGAUUGUGUCACGUUCCCACUCUGGACAAGUUAAGAGUUAUAUUCAUGAUGCUUUUGGAAACAGCACAACAAUCACAGAAGCUGGUGGAGCAGGAUAUAAGGUUCUGGCACUCCUGGAGAUGCCAGCAGAUGAAAAGUCCUCAAUAGACCAGGCAGAUGUUUACGUCCACAUCACAUUCAUUAAGAAAUGGGACAUCUGUGCUGGUGCAGCUCUACUGACGGCACUGGGAGGCCACAUGACGACCCUAACAGGAGAGGACAUUGACUACAGUGGUGAACCGCUCAGCAAAGGAGGACUGGUGGCCAGUGUGGGUGUGGACCAUAAGGCUGUUCUGGAGAAACUACCCAGCUGGGACCCUGAGAAGCACUGAAACACACAAACCAAGAGCCAGUGGUUGUGAUACGUGGCGGCCCUUUUUCUUUCAACUAGGAUUGGUCUGGAAACGUUAAACAAUUCUGCACGAUUUCAUCAUCGUGGGUCACAAAACAUCUACUUGUCAGGUGAUUGGAGACACUCAGAGUGUGGAACUGAAAACUGGAAUGGCUCUGACCACACACUUCUCCACACAUACAUACGUGCAGCUAAGAGACAUGGUGCAUCUUCCUCUUCACAUGCAUACACAGUGAACACUGGACAACAGUUGCCAUCCCAGAAUCCCUUUCCUUCAUCUUCAGAGGACAACAGGAUGACUAAUGUGAAGAGUUAAACCGAGGAGCGAUAUUGAAUACAAAAAACCCUUUGGAUUGACAGAUAUGUGUUUUAUUAUCAUUUUAUCAAGUCCCAUCUUCAUCACAAAACAAUCACAACAUCACCUGUUUAUGAAUGUGAGUCUGGGAAAAUGUUUGCAAAAAGGUAAACCGAUAACUGUAGGUCCUGAAGAGAAGGAAAGUUUUCUGUAGAUUAUAUUAUUUCACGAGUCAUACUCAUAGCAAAGGCCAGCUUCAUCAAGUUACCAAUUUUGCUUAAAUACAGCCAAACAGUUUAAUCCUGGGAUAAAUAAAUGUAUCUUAAUCUCUGUAUCUUAAUCCUAAAUUAUUAGGAUCUUGGAAUCAUGAAACAGUCUUUACAGUUUUAUUUGACAAUUAAAGGUUUGACAAGAAUGUGCUUUAUUACUCUUUCUCCCCUUUUCUACUGCAGUUUCGAUCUGAUGGGUAAAAGAAAAGAAAACUGAAGCACUGUCUCAUUCAGCGUCAACAAAUGCAGUCACUCAAGCCACCUAUAAACGUUCUGUAGAUCAGCAGAUGAUGAAUCUGGAAUUGUACUUCUUGACCUUUCAGUCAUUUUGGUUUGUGGGUCGAAAAUGAUUUCAGUGUGUGCCAUUCAUUGUGUCUCCUACAUGUCUAUCAUAGCAGAGGCGAUAGAUCCUUGUGUUGGUUUUGUGCUUUUGUGUGUCACAUUAUUGUCUGCUCUUUCCUUCCACUGCUGCCAUGCUGAAUAGAUGUAGGGGGCUGAUAGGCAAGAAAGACCACAUAAUACAUAUUGUGACGCCGUUGUGUCACAAUACAUUCAAUUUCAAUUAAGUCAAAUUUAGUGCCUUUUCCACUGAGGAUGAUUAAAUCUAUUUUCAGGUAUUCCAUGAUGUUUCCCUAAUUCUCCCUGGCUGGUAGUGUGUGCAAGAAAGAUGAUGAUGAUAAAGGCAAAGUGUUUAUUGAAGCCUUCUACGGAGCAGAGGUCUAAUCAGUCAGAACAUCUUAAAAACAUCCAAGUUUUUCUUUGUUGUAUUUGAUCACACCACCACCAUAACAUAUCUAUUACAAACUGUUUGGUUCGGUUGGACUCUUUCAUGUCUUAUCUCUCCAGAGACUGUUCCCGUUCACUAUGUACAAUCUCAGUCAAGAAGAGACUUGUGAAAUGUUCUGUUCAUCAUAUUCCUUUGGAGUCUGGACUCUGCCCUGUGUUACAAUACAUUGUGUACUUGCAUGGUUGUGUUCACUUUACACAGCAGGGAAAAAAAGUGACUGGUUCGAUCAGUACUGUCUGCCAUGAGUGUGUCUGUGUGUUUAAACUGGCACUUGGUUGUGUGACUUUUGACGUGAACCCAUGUGAAAUUUAAACUCCCCUCAAUUUCUUGAAGAUAGAAGUGAGUUGUUUCAUGUUCUGUUUCAGCGCCCUGUGUGUUGUUAAAAACCUUGUGUAGAUGCAAAACAAAUGUGUCCAGGGUUAAGAGUUAAAUACUCAGAACAUGUUCUGCCUGGAGAUUAUAAUUGAUGAUGAUGAUGAUGAGAAGAAGAAGCUGUCAGAAAGAUAAAUACCUGUAUGGAUGACGUGGCUCAAUUCAAAGAAGCAAGCAGCUUCAGGGUCCCAGGUAGAGCUGUCGGAGUUUGUGUGCUGAGUUUCAGAGAGUGCCUUUAAUCUGCACAACACAACAUUGUCAAUGGAGGACGACUUUGUCGACAUUGUCGAUGGUGGCCACGGCACUCAGGAUGGGUUAUUUAGAUGUUGCUUUGAUAACAAUGAAUGAUAAACACUUAAAUUUGUUACGGUCGGUGACAUUUAAAUAGCACGGUUAUUGUUUGAAUGGACAUUUGAAUGCUUGGAUUGUGCUACACAUGUACUGCAUGAAAGACAUUUUGAAAUAUAAAAAGAUUAAAGGGAACUUUCUGCCUAUUUUA